AUGAACCCCUUGCAAAGUGAAUUCAUCCUGGUUGGUUGGUUGGUUUUAAGUUCCCUUGUUUGUCUUCCCUUUUGCCCUUUUCCUCUCCUUCCCCAUCUCCAGGUUGUGCUCCAGAGAGGAGGAUGCUCUGUGGUUCCCCCAUCCACUGCUCUCUGCUGGCUUUUGUCAUUUCCACUUUAGUUUUCCAAGUUCCUCAGGGGCACUCAGCUCCACUCACCGUCACUGCACCCCCCGGCCCCAUCACCGUGGCCAAGGGCGAGGACGUGGUGCUGCCCUGCAGCUUCUCCCCGGGGCAGAAUGCACAGGACACGGAGGUGACCUGGUUUCGGGAGCAGUUCUUGCCCUUUGUGCAUCGCUACAAGUGGGGCCAGGACCAGUUUGGGGAGCAGAUGGUUCAGUACCAAGGGCGCACUGAGCUGGGGAAGGACGGCCUUGCCAAGGGCAGCGCGGACUUGAGGAUCUUCCACGUCCAACUCUCUGACACAGGGAAUUACACCUGCUUUGUUCAACGUGGCUCAGAUUACAACGACGCUCUGGUGGAGCUCAAGGUGACAGCCAGCGGCUCUGCCCCGCUCAUCGCGCUGGAGCGCUACGAGCACGGGGGGAUCCGGGUGGCCUGUCGCUCUGCCGGCUGGUACCCACGGCCCCGGGUGCUGUGGCACGAUCCCCACGGGCGCCGUCUCCCGUCCCUCUCGGAAAACGCUACCCAGGACAAGAACGGGCUCUUUGCAGCUGAGAGCAGCAUCAUCCUCACCAGGGCUGGGAACCAGGAACUCUCCUGCUCGGUGCAGCACCUCCCGCACACACCAGGGCAGGGACCGGCCCUUUACGUCUCAGAUCCCUUUUUCCAAGAUGCCCAUCCUUGGAGGAUUGCCCUGGGUGUGGCCCUGGUUGCUGUGGUUGCUCUCCUUAUUAUCACUGUUUAUCUACUUAAAAUUAAAGGUACCAUCCUGGGUUUGGGGGGUGGGAGUGCCCUGGUGCCCUUGGAGAUGAGGGACCUGCCAGAGAUCCUUUCCUGCCCCCAGGUUGAGCAGGACAAGCUGCCCCAUGGGCGGGGGAGCAGAGCUGCAGGCUGGGGGUGGGACAGGGCUUUGCACUGCUCAGCCUUGGCACAAACCCGCCCUCCAGCCCGUGCAGGCGGUCCCAGGAGAGGGCAGACAGGGGAUGGCCAAAUCAAUGGCCCACAACCCAUUUGUGCUGCUUUCUCUUCCUUUUCAGAGAAACAAGCCCAGGAACUCGCCUGGAGAAGACAUGCAGUGCCUAUAGAAGCAGGGAACGUGGUUCUGGAUCCAGACACAGCCCACUGUGAGCUUGUCCUGUCUGACAAUGGCAAAAGUGUGACACGAGUUGACACACGACAGGACAUCCCCGACACCCCUGAGAGAUUUAACGUGUGGCGCUGCGUUCUGGGCUGUGAGGGCUUCACCUCGGGGAGACACUACUGGGAGGUGGAGGUGGAGAAUGAAGGAAGAUGGAUUGUGGGGAUUUUUAGAGAUGGUGCAGAAAGAAAGGGUGAUAUUAAGUUUAAACCAGAGGAAGGCAUCUGGGCAGUAGGGAAACGACCAGAACUGAAAGCUUUCACCUCCCCUAGUCCCACUGAAUUUCCUGAAAUGAAGCCUCCCAGGCGGAUCCGGGUCUCUCUGGAUUAUGAAGGGAGACGGGUGGCAUUUUUCAGUGUUGAUGAGGGGAUUCCCAUUUUCAUGUUUCCACGGGCAUCAUUUGGAGGGAAAAAAGUUUACCCUUUGGUCUGUCUGGGUUCUGGGACACAUCUGACAAUGUGGCCCUGAUGAAGAGGAGGCAGUAAGAGAAGGGUCUCCAAGGGUGGAGAUCUCGUUACCUCUCUGCACCUCUCUUCCAUGCUGCAUCACUCCAAGAUCUUUCUCUGAGGCCAGACAUGCUGUUCUGCUCCCAGUGCAGAUCAGUGGGAGAGGCCAUGGCCAAGACCUUGUGUUAUGAGAUCACCCCACAUCAUUUCCAGGUGUGGGAAAAAGGGACUUUCUCUCCUGCUUCUGAGGGUGUUCCUUACACAUGGAGGGUGGAACCAUUGUUUCCUUGUCUCAGGCUCAGGGAGCAUUUGGCAUCUAAAUCACACUCCUUUUGUACACUUCUCUCAUUCCUAUGGUUGCUGUUCCUGUUGGUUUUAUGAUCUCAUUGCUGUUUCCAGGGAAUUGUUCUUCUCUCCACCCAUGAUCUUUGCCUUUUGUGCUCUCAACCAGAGGUGGGGGCAGGGGGAGUGAGCAGCAUCUGCUUUGGGAGGGUCUGGGUGGGAGCACUUGAUUGGGGAGCACCAUUCCUAAAACACCACACAUGCUUUCACAGCAGAUCCUCCAUUCCAUGGAGAUCCAGCAGGCCUGGACCUUCCCAAGGGAAGGCUUCACCCCAAGAGAACUGGUAAGGAGGGAGACUUCAGUGCAGGUGGUGGGUUUGUGGCCUAAACUCAGCUCUUGAAAGAAACCUCCAAGACCAAAGUUGUGAGUUUGAGAAGCCAGGCAUUCUUUUAUUAGGGUGCACUGAAGUGACUCCAGCACGCCGGGUGCCCUGGGAAUCAGUUCCCAAAGUGCACCCAGAGGGAUCCUCACCACAGCUCUGUGAUAGUUUUCACACCGGGCCUUCCUGGAGACCAGCUUGUAACCAGGAAGGAACUAGGAAGGUGACCCAGGAAGUAUUCCAUGCUCUUCCUUCAUGUCACCUGGGGUAUCAAUAAGGCAGAGAUAAGAGGGUUCGCUCUCUUCCUUUGUGGCGAGGUUCGAG